CCCCCUCUUUUCCGGCUGCGCCUUCCCCUUGCAGCCGCCAGCCCGCAACCGCCCGCCCGCGCUCGCCGCCGCCAGCUCCAACACAUACCCCCGCGAUGUCUCCCGCGCUCGCCGCCGCGGAGCCGAUGGCCGUCGACGACUCCGCCUCCAAGAAGGCCAAGCGCAAGCAGCUCAAGGCCGCCGCCGCCGCCGCGGCCGAGGCCGAGGCGGAGGCCGCUUCGGCGAAGAAGAAGGAGAAGAAGGAGAAGAAGCGGAAGGCGAAGGAGCCGUCCCCGUCCUCGGACGAGGAGAAGAGCAGUACCAGCUCCGAGGAGACGGCCCCCGCCGCGAAGAAGGUGAAGAAGGAGAAGGCGAAGAAGACUGUCGAGGCCUCGCCUUCGGCCUCGGAGGACGACGGCGAGGUCACGGCCAGCAGCGACGAGGACUCCGCGGACCCGAACGCGCUGACCAACUUCCGGAUAUCGGAACCGCUGAGGCAGAGGCUCAAGUCCAAGGGGAUCAAGGCGCUGUUCCCCAUCCAGGCCACCACAUUCGACCUCGUCCUCGACGGCAGCGACUUGGUCGGCCGCGCGCGCACAGGCCAGGGCAAAACUUUGGCUUUUGUACUGCCCAUAUUGGAGUCGUUGGUUAAUGGGACACACAAGGCAUCCCGAAAAACUGACUAUGGCAGGCCUCCAAGUGUUUUGGUCCUGCUACCAACGAGAGAGCUGGCCAAUCAGGUGCAUGCGGACUUUGAGUUUUAUGGUGCAACAUAUGGGCUUUCGGCGUGUUCUGUGUAUGGGGGUUCUCCUUAUCGUCCUCAAGAAAUGGCAUUGAGAAAGGGGGUGGACAUUGUUGUUGGAACUCCUGGUCGUGUCAAGGAUUUCAUUGUAAAAGGAACUCUCAAUUUGAAGUGUUUGAAAUUCCGUGUCCUCGAUGAAGCUGAUGAGAUGCUUAACAUGGGAUUCGUUGAUGACGUAGAGCUCAUUCUUGGUAAGGUUGAAGAUGUUACCAAAGUACAAACACUUCUGUUCAGUGCCACUCUGCCAGAUUGGGUUAAUAAGCUCUCCAUGAGAUUCCUGAAAGGUGACAGGAAGACAGUUGAUCUUGUCGGCAAUGAGAAACUGAAGGCUAGUGCAUCUGUCAAGCAUCUUGCUCUUCCUUGUAACAAGGCAGCAAGGGCUCAAGUUAUUCCGGAUAUUAUCCGAUGCUAUAGCCAUGGAGGCCGAACCAUUAUCUUCACCGAGACAAAGGACUCUGCAUCAGAGCUUUCUGGUUUGAUCCCUGGAUCCCGUGCCUUGCAUGGAGAUGUUGUGCAAGCUCAGCGUGAAGUCAUUCUUGCUGGAUUCCGGGGUGGGAAAUUCCAAGUUUUGGUUGCUACAAAUGUGGCAGCUCGUGGUCUGGACAUUAAUGAUGUGCAACUUAUCAUUCAGUGUGAACCUCCACGUGAUGUUGAAGCUUACAUACACCGGUCAGGGCGGACAGGGAGAGCAGGGAACACUGGUGUUGCUGUCAUGCUUUACGAGCCCAGAUAUAAGCACAGUGUGAGCAGAUUAGAAAGAGAGUCAGGAGUUAAGUUUGAACAUAUCUCCGCGCCACAGCCUACUGAUGUGGCACAAUCUGCUGGCACUGAAGCUGCAGAUGCUAUUGCGAGUGUGUCAGACAGUGUUAUCCCUAUUUUUCGGGAGCAAGCAGAGCAACUGCUAAGCUCUUCUAGUCUGUCUGCAGCUGACUUACUGGCGAAAGCACUGGCAAAGGCAGUUGGAUACACUGACAUAAAGAAAAGAUCAUUGCUCUCUUCUAUGGAGGAUUACACUACAUUACAUCUUCAAACUGGCAGACCUAUGUGGUCACCAGGGUUUGCUUUUACUAUAUUGAAAAGGUUUAUGCCUGAAGAGAAGCUUGCAGAUGUAAAGGGUGCUACCCUAACAGCUGAUGGAACAGGGGUUGUAUUUGAUGUUCCUGCAGCAGAUGUUGAGGACUACAUUCAAGCUUCUGAGAGUGCUGCUCAGGUGACAAUUGAUGAAGUGAAGCAGCUGCCACCCUUGCAAGAGAGAGAGCAGUCAAGAGGCAACUCUGGCGGUGGAAGAUUUGGCCGUGGAGGUGGAAGCAGAUUCGGUGGCGGUGGCGGUGGCGGUGGCCGUGGAGGCGGCAGCAGGUUUGGUGGUGGAGGCAGAGGUGGAGGCGGCAGAGGCUUUUCUGGCAGGGGAGGCGGUGGCAAUAGGUUUAACAGGAGGAAUUAGGUCUGUUGCAGGGUUGGCGAACAUUUGAAAGCCAUAAGUCAUUUUUUGACGUAGAUUUGAGGAAGAGGGGAGGGAAUUGUCACAGUUUUUGCUGCGAGAGUGUAUCGGUUUUUAUUUAUUUGUUAGUGUUUGUCACCAAUAUUAUGAUGAUCAAUUUUGCCAUCGCAAGUGUACAAUUUUGAUCUUGUAUCCCAUACCUAUAGCAACUACUAUGACUUAUGAGUAAAAAUAUAUGUAUUUCUUUUGCAACA